AUGGUUCCUGGAGGGUUUGUGAAGCCUGCGGUGGCUGAGGGGCGUCUGGAGGUUCUUCAGGUUUAUAAACUCCUGCAGUUUGUGCGAGAGGGAGAUAAACCACAGAUAGAGAAGCUGAUUCGCCUCGGGGUCCAAAACCUGAUCAACCUGACCGAACCGGCCGAGGGGAACGGGGCCGUGCACCUCGCCGCACUGACCAACGACCUGGACACGGUGCAGUUUCUGCUGAGCCUGGGGGCAAACCCCAACAUUCAGGACAAAAGAGGCCGAACGCCAGCCAUACUGGCCGCAGAACUGGGCCAUGACGGUAUGGUGGCCCUUCUGGCCCAAAAUCAUGCUGAUAUGAACGUGGUGGACAGUGAGGGGAAAGGAGUGCUGUUCUACUGCAUAUUUCCCACUAAGAGGCACACACGCUGCCUGCAGGUGGCGCUCAACAGCAACGCAAACGUCAACAACAUCUCCAACACUGGAAAGCCUGUGUUCCUGCAGGCCUGUGAACACGCAGACGAGUGUGAGAACAUGUGCUUCAGUAUCUUAGAGAGAGGAGCUGAUCCUAACGCCACAGAUCAGGCCACUGGCCGUACGGCCCUGAUGGAGGCGGCAAGGUUUGGGGCGGUGGGGCUGGUCAGGGCCAUCCUGCAGAGAGGAGGGAACCCAAACGCCGUCGACAAGAAGAGACUCCACGCCGCACACCUGGCAGCACACGGAGGAUUCUUUGAGGUGAUCCAGGUGCUCUCUGCCAAUUCCGCAGACUUCAGUGCUAUAGAUUUGAAUGGAAACACACCCCUCCACCUGGCUGCUGCUGGCGGAUACACGGACUGCUGCAGGUUUCUGGCUCAGAGAGGUUGCAACCCAAAACUGAAGAACCUGGAGGGUCUGGUUCCUCGUCAGAUUGCGAAGGAUAACGGCCACAAAGCUGCUCUGAAGGAGCUGAAGAAGGCAGAGAGACUCCACGCAAAGUUCUCCAAACCGGAAGCCAAUAACCCCAAUGAACUUUGGGCCCUUAGGCUGCAUGACUGGUCCUGUGAGCACGAGAACGUCCUCAGAAAAGCCUUUGAGAUGGCGGCAGAGGCAGACGGACCUUUAGAGAACAUCUCCAGGGAUGUGUUUGUGUCUGUGCUGCAGGAGCACUGUGCACCCGUAGACCAGGACAACCUACAGAAGAUCGUAAUGGACCAUGACAAGAAACGAGAGGGUGUUAUCAACGUUGACGAAUUCUUCAAGGGCCUGACGUACCUCCAGAAAGCGUUCAUCCUGUCUUCCUACGCCCCCAAAAAGAAGAAGGCUGGAAAGGGAGGCAAAGGAAAGAAAAAAGGUAAAUUUGUCCUCCCUCUGCCCAUCUGCACCGUGCCUCCUGAGCUGAUGCCCAGAAGAGAGGACGGUGGACCACCAAACUUCAUGAUUGAAAGUUAUCAGCAGUACACGGACACCAAGCGCUUUAACAGGGACUGUCCUCCGAGCCAUCCGGUGGAGGACGAUUCGGCCUGGUACCUCGAGGAGCCACAAAAAAUCUACACAAACAUCAACUACUGCAUCAAAACCGGAGACUUCGAGUCCCUCUGCUUGGCCUUCAGCCAGGAGGUUCCUGUGGACGUCAAAGAUCCGUUCUACAAAACACCCCUGAUGACGGCCUGCAGCAGCGGCAGCUACCAGAUAGCAAAAUUCCUCAUCACUCUGGGGGCCGACGUAAACGCCUGUGAUCAGUUUAACUGGACCCCUCUUCACCAUGCUUGCCACACUGGACAGGUGGAUAUCAUUGACCUCCUGGUACAGUCCGGUGCUGUGGUGGACGCUGUGGCUUUAAAUGGAGCCACUCCACUCAUGAGGGCCAUAGAGAGCUGCAGGAUCAGCUGUGUGGAUUACCUCAUCAAAGCUGGAGCGAAAGUACAGGCUGAAAAUAAGAAAGAGCAAAACUGCUUGGACAUUGCCAGGCAGUACGGAGAUGAAAGAAUCAUUGACUUGGUCAAAAUGAAGUUCGACAGCCUGCCAAAGUGCAAAGACAGCAAGAAAGGAAAAGGAGGAAAACAGUCUCCAAAACUGAAACCAAUCGUUCCCUUAGCGGUGAAGGUGGGUCCCGCUCUGCCAAACACAUUGGAGAAGAAAGUGAACCUGAAAGAGAACAUCAUAACAAUGAACCCCCAGAGCACCAUCCCAGCUUCCACUGACAAGUUCGACAUCCGCUUUGUACCGAAAACUGUGUGGGGACGGAGGUUGGCUACUUCCGCCCAGCACAUGGAGAGAAGGGUGGACAGAAGGAAGCGUCUGACUCAUGAAGUGGACUUUAAGGACUUCGUCAUGCCCUUCAAUAAGAACAUCAUGCAGAAGACUCUGGAGCUGGCAGGAGUCAAUGGAUGAUGAGAAAUAAGCAGAAUAAAUGAUGAGAAGAGUCA